AUGGCGUAUAAUCGAACGGUUAACCCGGACUCCCUACCUGCAUUCGCAGAACCAGAGAGGAAGGGAGGCAACAAACCUCCACCGCAGCAGCAACAACAACCGCAGCAAGCACAGCACCAGCAGCAAUACUACAACAAGCCCACGCCUGCUAUUCCCCGACCCGAUCCCAGACAACAACAGCAACAUCAACAGCAGCAAUAUCAAUCAAGCGGACCUAGGCUAUCUCCCCAAAUGCAGCCGCCUGCAAACUACGGUUAUGGCACAUCUCCGCCCGGCCCCGGUCGUGGAUAUGCCUCUCCUCCUCUUGGAGGGGGCCACGGAUCGCGCCCUCCACCGCAUUCAAGAACCCCUCCCAUGUCCAGACCCCCUCCAUCUCCUGCUCCACCAAACGGCGCUGAUCCCGCACUAUGGCCUCUAUUCAAGGCCGUCGAUAAAGAUGGCACCGGACAACUCACCGAACAUGAACUGCGGUCCGCCCUUGUAAACGGGGACUGGACAUCCUUCGAUCCCUACACGGUCAAGAUGAUGAUCCGCAUGUUCGAUACCGAUCGCUCUGGUAGCAUAGGCUUCGAAGAAUUCUGUGGAUUGUGGGGAUUCCUAGCAGCGUGGCGCUCGCUAUUCGACCGAUUCGACACUGAUAGAAGCGGAAACAUCAGCGUCGACGAAUACACCAAUGCACUAGUAGCAUUCGGAUAUCGACUCAGCCCGCAGUUCGUCGAGACGUUAUUCAGGACAUAUGAUAAGCGGAGCGACGGGGCGAUUGGCUUCGAUCUAUUCGUUCAGAGCUGCAUCAGCCUGAAGCGCAUGACUGACGUGUUUAAGAAAUAUGAUGAUGAUCGAGAUGGCUACAUAACUCUGUCCUUUGAGGACUUUUUGACGGAAAUCAUUCGGCAGAAAUAG